AUGGAGACCUUCAACAAAUUAGCCGGCGUGCAAGAGGCCUCGGACGUGACGGAACCCACCCGUCAGCUCUCGCGCGCAGACCUGCCCUCCGCUCCGCCAAUCCCCAACGACCCCAGCCAACCCAUGGACUACUCAGACGCACGUAGCACCCACAGCGGUGUCGGAGGCAAUCGUAGUUCGCUUCCCCUCCGGCGCCGCGCCUCGCAUCGCUCCUUUCGCUCCAAGAAAUCCACGGCCACUUCUCGCGCAAACAGCCUGUACAACCCCUCGGAAUCCGUCCCUCCCACGCCACAUCUGCCACCCGACAUGAUUCUUCCGCGUCCGAGUGCCGAUGGGACCACUCAUGAAGCACAGCCAGGAGAUGAGGGCAUGGAGGAGGGGGAAGAGGAAGAAGAAGACGAUGAAGACUUCCCCUGGGGACCUUCUCAUCCGUGCUUUCCCCAUCCAAAUCCUCACUGCCAUCCCCGAAGCCCGGAAGCCUCUUUGACCCGUGUCAUUCGCGUCAGGCGGGACUGGCUAGCGAGCGGAGACCUCUACCCUCAAUACGCAAAUCUCUAUCCCGAGAUCCUCGAUUCUUGCGUCAGCGAUACCGAAUUCCGCUACUUGAUCUCCAACAUCAACGCCAUCUUGAGAAAGUCCCUUUCCCCAUAUUCAACACGAGCAUGGAUAGACAGUCUGAUCGGCGUCGCGACGGGAUAUCUCUGGGAGGAUCUGGGAUGGACGGGCGCGAAAGCGGGGGAGAAGGCAUUGGAGCGGUUCAUUGCGAGGUGGAAUCGAGAGAGAGAGUCCGAGGGCAGGGAAGUCAAACUGGUGCAGCUGAGAACCACGGGUUUCAUGUCCAUGGACUUUGUUAUCGCUGAUCCGGGAGUCGAUUCACCGGAUUAUGAAGAUGAAGAGGAGGUGGCAUAA